ACGUCGGGUGUCGAAACAGCAAUCCGACACCUGUCGACAUCAUCGAAACCGUCACCUGGGUGGGAGGUUCGUGCGCCGCUCGUCAUUCGUCCCAUCGCACGGCGGAAAUAAAUGCGCGUCAGCGCGGGUAGCGCGGAUCGCGGUGCCGAGGCCACGGCGCCGCGCUUGACGCCGCGAGUGCUUGUCGACGGUGACGCCGUCGGCCAUGUUUGUUGUGUAGUUUCGGAGGGAUGAUAAGCGCACGCGACGGCGUCGAGAGAUUUUGAAUGAGACGCGUGUGUGAGCCUCGGCCGCGUUACGUCCGUUCCGUGCCGGUGUGCGAGCGCGCCGGCCGCCGCCGACUCGCCGCGGAGUAUGGACACUUAACAACUUUGUUGAAAUGUGGCUGAGAAGCGAACGGAUUAGCAGGAGAUUGCGUGGCCGUUUAAGCGGUGUAACGGCAUCAAAGGCAACUGGCCAUCGAGCGCAAGUUGCAAGAAAAGUACAACAUAUUAGUAACAGUAGUCGAGUAAUAACGUCAAGUAAAUGCAGCCGAUUGAGUCAGUGGCGACGUAGAUCAUCCAGUUUUUUAAAAGAAGCUUGUAAAGAAAAUGUUUUACACUUUGCCAAAUCCACGCCUAUUAGACGGGAAAGAGGACCUCGCAGAAGAAAAUGCAUAAAACGGUCGAUGGUUACAUCGACCCCUUUGCAUCGUGCUCCGCCAAUUGACACAGUUAUUUCUGCUAAAAACGCAUCGCCAUCUAAAGCUUCGGAGGAAUCCAAGGAAAAUUGGAAUGGCGGAUCUACUACUCUGCCUCUUUUCUCGUCAGUAACUAAUACGGACUCGCGAAGUUUGAUGAUACCGCCGAUACAUGACUUGAAAUCUUCCAUACCAAGUGUAUCUUCGUUGGCGUGUCUAAUGCCUCCGGUAUCUCUAGGAUCGCAGUCAGAUCUCACAUGCUUGCUUGAUGAUGAAGGAAGCAAGAACAACGAUACUACACUACCGUCAUCGAUACACUACUCCUCUUUAUACGCGCAUGCCGAAACGUCUGCAGAAUAUUACAGUUUGAUGCACUCAACGUCGAUAUAUAACGUCCGUACCGCGUACAACUCGUCCGACAAAUACUUCCCGAACGGAGGAAAGUACUCGCUAAUCGAUAACAAUGAAAACCGCGGCGAUCUCCCAAAAGAUCAAUAUGCUAUUGAAACAGACCCAACAAAAUAUGAAACAACUGCUGGAUAUCCCAGUACAAAAUACAGUAUACCAGCAAGUAUGUACAAUAUAAAUCCUCAUCAUCCAUCUGAUACGAAUGGCAAUCUUAGUGACAAAUAUGAUUCCGAGGACGUCGGCAGUCGUUAUCACGAGGUUGAAUACAUGGAGGUGGGUAGCGAGGAGAUAGUAGAAUCUUGCGAUGUAGAGAACAUGGUUACUCAAGUUCAGGAAGAUUGGGAGCCAUUCGAUCCUUAUGUCUUCAUCAAGCACUUGCCGCCUCUUACGCCGGCGAUGAGAGCAAGAUGUCCGGCUCUACCACUCAAAACACGGAGUAGUCCGGAGUUCAGUCUGGUCCUGGAUUUGGAUGAAACAUUGGUUCACUGCAGUCUGCAAGAACUAUCUGACGCGGCAUUUCGCUUCCCGGUAGUCUUUCAAGACGUAACGUACACGGUAUUCGUUAGAACGCGACCGUACUUCCGCGAAUUCCUUGAACACGUCUCGUCGCUCUACGAGGUGAUUUUAUUCACGGCGAGCAAACGAGUGUACGCCAACAAACUGAUGAAUUUACUGGAUCCAACACGGAAGCUGAUCAAGUAUCGUCUGUUCAGGGAGCACUGUGUAUGCGUUAAUGGAAAUUACAUAAAGGACUUGUCCAUCUUAGGCAGAGAUCUAUCUAAAACCGUCAUCAUUGACAACAGUCCACAAGCAUUUGGAUAUCAGUUAGAAAAUGGUAUACCUAUAGAAAGUUGGUUUGCCGAUCGUUCAGAUAACGAACUAAUGAAAUUAUUACCGUUUUUAGAAAAUCUGGUAAACUGGGGAGGUGACGUAAGGCCACGCAUUAGAGAACAGUUCCGACUAUUCAGCUUUCUACCACCGGAUUAAUUUAAAUAGCAUACACAUAAAAUUUAAGGUUGAAGUAUCUCGCAACCAACAAAAAAAAGAAAAAAUACAAAAUAUCUUAAAAGAUACUACAGGGCUGGGU